AUGGCGUGCGGGCUGGGGCAGGGAGGCGCUGCCCCUGCGCUGCGCGGGGCGGCUGGGCUCAGCGGUGCCUGGCGCUCGCAGGGAGCGGGCGAGCCGCAGCGGCGCUUCCGCAGGGCAGCCCGAGUCCUGGCGCAUCUCUGCGGACUGAGCUUGUGGCGGAAAAGAUAUGUUGGAAAGAGUCCAGUAAUACAGUGGGCAAUAUUUCACCUGAAGAGGCAGACACACCUUGGAAGUGAUCUUCUAUUCAACAUCAACAAUUUUUCUACAACUAACCUUAGGGGAGAUUUUGAAAAGCUGAAGCAUCUGUUGUAUAUUUGCCCUAAAGAAAGAAGCCAGCAAGAUCUCAGGCAGAUUCAAACAUGUCUGAAGAAGAACAGAACAUUUCAGUGUUUACCUAAUAAAACACAGCUCCAACUUUGCCAUGCUGUAGUCUACCAAGAGUGUGAAGCUGGAACCAUAAUUAUAAGGCAAGGUCAUGUUCCGAGUGAAUGUUACUUAAUACUAUCUGGAAAGCUAAAAGUCCUAUGGGGUGAUUCAAAUUUCAAAGCCCAAACUUUCAUCUCUGAAAUAUUAUGUGAAGCUGAAGAAGGAGACUUCAUAGGGGAAAUCUGUCUUCUAACUAAUACAAACCGAUCUGCUUCCAUUAUAUGUAAAUCCGAUGUGGAACUUCUAGUGAUAAACAAAGAGGAUUUUGAUUGUAUUCUUUCAGAUUUACUACAUGAACAAUACCGUGCAACGUGUAACUUCCUAAGGAAACUCACAUUAUUCUCUUCAUGGCCAGCAGAAGAAAUAGAAUUUCUUGUUCACUGCUCCCUACAGAGAUUUUACAGGACAGGAACAAUUGUUGUCCCAGAAAGUUUAAACUCUUACUUCUUAGUAGUUGUAAAAUCGGGUCGAUGUCUGAUAGUGACACAAGUGGAUCAAGAGAGAAUAUAUGCACACUCCAAUGAAAUGCAGAAUUUUUCUUCUCUUUGUGAUGAUUUUAUCACAAUAUCAUCAUUAAAAGAAAAGAAGGAUUUGACUAGAAGACUUUGGGAAAGAUCUCUUUAUUCAGCUGCUCAGAGAACUCCUCUUACCCAGAUGCCCAGAAGACCAAGACCUCAAACAGCUGCAGUAUUAUGUUAUUCGCUCAGGGACAGAAAAGCCUUUGGUGACCUGGAACAGAAAGGUAAUGAGGCACUACAUGUGAACCUAACAGAAGGUGAAAAAGUUGCCGAGACAAAGAGAGGUGGAAGGAAACAAAAGGUGGCUUCAUCAGUUCCUCAGUUCCUGAAGAUAAGGGCGCUGGAACAAGGUGGCAUUUUUGGUUUGGCAGAAACAAUGGACAAGUUUUGUUGCCUUCAGUUUAGCUUGAUCAGUGAAGGAGCGGAGUGCAUUUUCAUUCCCAAAAAACUUUUUCUAGACAAAGCCCCUGUCAAGUCGAGAAAGAUGGCUCUUGAGCUGGUGAAAAGCUACCCCUCAGAAAGCAUAAUUAUGGAGAACUAUGCUAGGCACCAAGCUUGGAAUACCUACAAGGCCAAGCUUAUUAGACAACAUCUUGACAGACAAGCUAUGCCAACUUCAGCUCGCUUUUCUUUUUAAAAGAUGUCUAUGGUAGCUGCCUUAUGCCCAGAUACUACUUCUUUUAGUUAAUGAGAUGAUGAUACUCAAGCAUGUGCUAAUGGGAAAAUAUGUACUGUCCAUGACUAUAUACACAUAGGAUAA